UUUUUUUUUAAUUUUUUAUUUCUUUAAUUUUAAUAAAAUAUAAAAUGGCUCAAGCUGAUAUCCAAACUGCUCAAUUAUCUAAUGGAAAAUCUAUCCAAGUACAUACUCAACUCUUUAUCAAUAACCAAUUUGUGCCUGGUAAUGGUCCUAUGCUUGAAACCAUCAAUCCUGUCAAUGAACAAGUGAUUUGCAAGAUCCAUUCUGCAAGCGAAAAGGACGUCGAUGCUGCUGUGGAAGCUGCCAACAACGCGUUCAAGAAUGUAUGGAAGAAAGAAGCUGCUGCUCAACGUGGUCGUUUACUUAACAUUCUUGCUGACUUGAUGGAACGAGAAAAGGAUGAAUUAGCUACCUUGGAAGCUCUUGACAAUGGAAAGUCAUUUGUUGUUGCUCGUGAUGUUGAUGUCACUGAUUCUAUUGCUUGUCUCCGUUACUUUGCUGGUUGGGCUGACAAGAUUCAUGGUCAUACUAUUGAAACUACUUAUGAUAAGAUGUGUUACACUCGCCAUGAACCUAUUGGUUGUGUUGCUGCUAUUACUCCUUGGAACUACUCUAUCAUGAUGCCCAUUUGGAAACUGGCUCCUGCUUUAGCUGCUGGUAACACAAUUGUACUCAAGACUUCAGAGGUAACCCCAUUGGCUAUGCUCAAGGUUGCUGAACUCAUUGUGGAAGCUGGCUUCCCUGCUGGUGUUGUUAACAUUAUUACCGGUCUUGGUCAUAUCACUGGUUCUCAUCUUACUGGCCAUCCUGGUGUGCACAAGAUGGCUUUCACUGGUUCUACUGUCACUGGUCGUCGAGUUAUGGAUGGAUCUGCCAAGAGUAAUCUUAAGAAGGUCCAAUUAGAACUUGGUGGUAAAUCUGCUCAAAUCGUAUGUGCUGAUGCUGAUCUUCAAAAUGCUGCCAUUCAAUCUUGUGGUGGUAUCUUUAACAACCAUGGUCAAAGUUGCAAUGCUGGUUCUCGUAUCCUUGUCCACGAAGAUGUUCAUGAUAAAUUUUUGGAAUUGUUUAUUGCUGAAGCUAAGAAGAUCAAGGUGGGUGAUCCUUUCGAUCCUGAAGUUAGUCAAGGUCCUCAAAUCAACAAGGCUCAAUUCGACAAGAUCCUCGAUUAUAUUGAAAUCGGUAAGAAGGAAGGUGCCAAACUUGUCCAUGGUGGUCGUCGUCUCUUUGAUAAAGGUUACUUUAUUGAACCUACUGUAUUCACUGGCUGCCAUAACAAUAUGCGUGUGAUGCGUGAAGAAAUUUUUGGUCCUGUUGUUGCCAUUGCUACUUUCAAGACUAUUGAUGAAGCUAUUGAAAUUGCCAAUGAUUCCGAUUAUGGUCUUGCUGGUGGUGUUUAUACUAGUAACAUUGAUACUGGUAUUAUUGUCUCUAACAGUUUGGAAGCUGGUACUAUCUGGGUGAACUGUUACGAUGUAUUUGAUCAAAGCACUCCCUUUGGUGGUUAUAAACAAUCUGGUUUUGGCAAAGAAUUGGGUUUGGAUAGUUUGAAGGAAUAUUCUCACAUCAAAUCUGUUAAGAUUCAACUCUUAUCUCGACUUUGAUUUAGUUUAGUUUAGUUUCAUUGGUUGUUUAAAUAGGAAUCCUUUUAUGUGUAUAAAUUAUGUAAUAAAGAAAACAAUACUAUUCAUGAAUAA